AUGUCAGACAUCGAGCUUUCGGUGUUCCAGCUAGAAGCCAAUCGCUCAUAUGAAUCCGAAAUCUAUAAAGUUGCAAAAGGCUCCACCGUGAGGUUCACCCUAGGGCCCUCUCUCUUCGGCCACGAAGUUUCCCUGUUCACCAAUAAUCCGCUGCAGAAAAGCGCUGCCUUCGAACGGAAGUCGUAUCGGAAGCUGGAAUGGAACUUCCAUUUCGCGGAGUUCGCCGACGAGGGCAAUGCCUUUGCUGAUUGCACAUACCCCUCUGCGGGCACUUUUAAAUUCUAUAUCACGCUGGAUGACAGCAAAGAAGAAUCUUCGUCUGGAUUCAUUCUAGUGGAGCCUCAGCUCACAUUGCAAGGGAAUCCGCUGCCCUUGGACGGCAUUCAGUGUCAAACCGUUCUCUCGAAAUGCUUGGGACCCUUUCCGGAUUGGGAGGGGAUAAUCGCUGUUUCGGCCGCGGCUGGCUACAAUGUUGUCCACUUCACGCCGGUUCAAGCUCUGGGUGGAUCGAACUCAGCCUAUUCACUCAAGGAUCACAUGGCUCUCAACGAGACGUUCAAGACGCCGAAUAAGAAUCCGACCUUCAAAGACGUGCAAGAGUUCAUCUGCGAGAUGGAGAAGAAGCAUAAGCUCCUCUCAUUGACUGACAUUGUGCUCAAUCACACGGCGAACGAGACACCAUGGCUUCGAGAACACCCAGAAUGCUCGUUCAACGCCCUCAACUCACCUCAUUUAAGAACGGCCAUGUUGCUAGAUCAAGAGAUCUAUCUUCUAUCCAUGCGCGCCAUGAGAGGAGAGACAUUGUCUAUCGGUCUUCCUCCACAAAUCACGGAUGAGGCGCACGUUCAGGCGGUCAGGCUUCAAAUCAGAGAUGAGAUACUGCCGAGGCUCAAGCUUCACGAAUUUUACCUCGCAGACAUAAACGAUCUCGUGACGAAAUUUGAAGCAAGCGCUGAACCCGUAGCGACAUCGAGCUCGCACAACUUGACGAUGACGCAAACCUACACAAGAUUCGGAGCAAAAUGCAACAUCGCGGAAGCUCGGAGGGCUUUCGUUGACUCUACCGAUUUCCGGAGGUUCCUCGAGGACUUCAACUCGCAGAAAGUUCGUGAGACUGAGGAACACCUGAAGCACGCCGUUGAAAAUAUCCUCAAAGGACUACGUUAUCACAAAGUGGACUCCAGGGGUCCCAAGGAACACAAAAUUACGAGGAUCGCGCCUAUCGUUGUAAGAUAUUUCCUGCCGAAUCACGACUCAGUUUUGGAUGAAAUGAGCUCCACGGAAAUGGAAGCUUGUUUCAGCAACGAAAAAGGCGCUUUCAUCAUGGCGCACAACGGUUGGGUCAUGGGCGACGAUCCCCUCCGAAACUUCGCUCUGGAAGGUUCCAUGGUCUACCUCCGACGCGAACUCAUCGCGUGGGGCGACAGCUGCAAACUCAGAUACGGGGAGAGCCCGGCAGACUGCCCGUUCCUCUGGGACUACAUGAAAACUUACGUGAAGAGCAGCGCCGAGAUAUUUCACGGUCUCCGAUUGGAUAAUUGUCACAGCACACCGAUCCAUGUCGCUGAGUACCUCCUCGAUGCCGCGCGAUCGGUCCGUAAUGAUCUCUACGUGAUAGCGGAACUAUUCACGUCCUCUGAAGCCGUAGACAACAUAUUCGUGAACCGUUUGGGUAUCAAUUCUUUGAUACGGGAAGCUCUGCAAGCCGGCGAUUCACACGAGUUGGGACGGCUCGUCCACAGAUAUGGGGGGAUCCCCGUCGGGAGUUUCUUUCAUUCAAAAGGUGUGGCUCCUCUCAUGCCAGCUGUGGCUCAUGCCAUCUUCGUUGACAUGACUCACGAUAAUCCUUCCCCGUACGAAACGCGGAGCGUUUACGAUUUCCUCCCGAGCGCUGCUUUGGUCUCAAUGGCAUCGUGUGCAACGGGGAGCAGUCGUGGAUACGACGAGCUUGUUCCCCACCACAUACACGUCGUUAACGAAAAUCGCCGCUUCCAAAAUCUCGACGAAGUGGCAGAUCAAGGAAUUAUGCAGGCGAAAAAAAUCCUCAACGACUUGCAUCAUCAACUGGGUCUCGAAAACUUCAGAGAAGUCUAUGUCGAUCAGCUCGAUUUCGAUACCGUGUCAGUGACGAGACGAUGUCCCCUCACCGACGAGUCGGUCAUCUUGGUCUCGCGCACAUCUUUCCAAAAACCCGAAGAUCCGAAGAAGAAAACUUCUCUGAGACCUCUCCAAGUUGCGGGUAAAAUUAAGAGGGUCAUCAUUGAGGCCAGACUACAGGAAGAUCAGAGUGCCAAAGGAAUAUUUGAGCGGAAAAAAACUGUGAUCAACGGACUCGAGGGUUUCAAGUUGAUGGUCAAAUCAGAUAUCCCCCUGUCCGAAUGUACGAUGGUCCGAGUGGAAGAAUUCGACAAUGGAGAAAGAUGCGAAAUCAAUUUUACCGAUCUAACGCCCGGCUCCGUUGUUGCUUUUAGGGUGGAAGUCGGUCCGACAGCGAAGUCUUGUAUGGAGGACGCAAGGACUCUCCUGAGGCCCUUCGGAUACUUCAAGGGUGCUGUCCAAGUUCCGCAGUCCGUGCGAGCCGUCAUCAGCAAACUCGACAUGGACGACCUCAACCGAAUUCUCUUCCGUGGCGACCUGGAGGAGAAGUCCGAUGGUCUCGGCAUGGGAGCUUACAACCUCGACGCGGUCGGUCCGAUGAUCUAUUGUGGUCUACAAGGUGUGAUGACUCAUCUGUCGUACAUAAGACCGCGAAACGACCUUGGCCACCCCCUUUGUUCGAAUAUCCGCGAAGGAGACUGGCUUAUCGAUCAUAUGGUGAACCGUCUCCGUCCCCACAAGUCGUGCAGCGAAUUCGCUUCUCUGCUCGAGCAAAUGCUCAGACCGAUCAAAAAAGUGCCUCACUAUCUGAAACCGUGCUACUUCGAUGCCAUGGUCACUGCGCUGUUCAAUCAGCUCCUCGAUGCGGUCUGGCAGAAAAUGUCAAAAUUCGUCUCGUGCGGAUCGAACUUCGUGCGUCAGAUAUCUUUGGCUUCGGUGAUCUUGACGGGCUUCGUCUAUGACUCGCCGCUACCCCCUCUCAGCACUAAACUCAGUCCGUCCGCACCUAUGAAACACGACGUCCAUUCUUCCCUGAUCUGCCAGCAAUGUCCGACCCUCGCGGCGGGUCUUCCACAUUUUUCAACCGGUUACAUGCGGAACUGGGGUCGGGACACCUUUAUUUCCCUCCGAGGUCUGCUCCUCUUGACCGGUAGAUUUUCGGAAGCGCGGUGUAUCAUCCUUGGUUUCGCUGGAACCUUACGACAUGGAUUGAUUCCGAAUCUCUUGGAUCGAGGCACAAACAGUCGCUACAAUUGUCGCGAUGCCGUGUGGUUUUGGUUGGAAUGCAUCAAGCAAUAUGCAGAUAUUGUGCCACAAGGAGAAUCGAUUUUGAAGGAUCCCGUCUCGAGACUCUAUCCACAGGACGACAGCGACGCGCUUCCCGUCGACACGGUGAUCAUGCCUCUCCACGAUGUCAUGCAAGAAGCGCUUCAAAAACACUGGAGUGGGACCAGUUUCCGUGAAAGGAACGCGGGUACAAGAAUCGACGCGCAGAUGAAGGACGCAGGCUUCAACGUCUGCUUCGGCGUCGACCAUGAGACAGGUUUCGUAUUCGGUGGGAACGAAUUCAAUUGCGGGACAUGGAUGGAUAAAAUGGGCAGCAUUCCCGGAAAGAACCAGGGAAUUCCUGCGUCGCCACGGGACGGUUCGGCCGUGGAACUCGUUGGGCUCAGCAAGUCUGUGAUAAGUUGGCUGCACAAGAAGAAUAAGGAAGGGACCUACCCGUACGCCUCAGUCGAGUUCGAAGGUAAAACCAAAACCACUUUCGCUGAGUGGUCCGAUAUGAUCCAGGCGCAUUUUGAGCCCUGUUUCUACGUGCCGGAAGAAGGCUCGGGACCUCUCGACGCGAGACCGGACCUGAUUAAUCAACGAGGAAUAUACAAAGACACUUUCCGGUCACAGCAACCUUGGGCUGAUUAUCAAUUUCGCCCUAACUUCACCGUCGCCAUGGUUGUGGCACCGGAACUCUUCAAUCCGGAGCAUGCAAGAAAAGCUCUGACGGAGGCGAAGCAGGUUCUUAAGGGGCCGCUUGGUAUGCGCACACUGGAUCCGAGUGACAUGACAUACAAUGGAAACUACGACAACAGUGACGGGGACGGCGGGUUCAACUACCACAGAGGACCGGAAUGGUUGUGGCCGAUGGGAUACUUUCUCCGAGCCCAGCUCUGUUUCGCAAAAGAUUCGCUCGCUGCGCGGAAAGAUGUCCGUCGCUCACUGCAACCUCAUCUCCAGGCUCUGCAGAGUUCCCCGUGGAGAGGGCUGCCAGAAUUGACGAACCGCGACGGAGCCGUCUGUCAUCAUUCUUGUCCGAUCCAGGCAUGGAGUCACGCCUGCUUACUGGAGCUCUUGUAUCAACUUCAUGAUUGAAGUCUGAUCGUGUUGUUUCCAAAGGACAGCUCCCGGUAUGCGGAGCUGAUAUAGAGUUUAGCCGUAUAUGUGUGUAUAUGAGCCUGCACGUUCAGCUCGCGAAUCGUGCACUCGUUAAUCCCGAUCAGAUGGGAUGGUGGGAAGCACCUCUGAUGAACCUGUGAGAAGCGGCAAUGAAAAUAAAAUUCGU